CCCGAGCCGAGCCCGGCCGAGCCGCGGCCUUGAUACUGCUUCAGCCCCUCUAGCUCGGUGCUGCGGUGGGAUGGGUGUAAGGCACUGCCUGGUGCCCGCCCCUCGGCUGCGGCCCCUCCUACCGGGGUGGUAGGAGACAACGAUCAGCCCCUGAGGGCUCUCCGUGUUAAAAUCAUGGCUCUGAAACAAGUUUCCAGCAACAAAUGCUUUGAGGGUUUCCAGAAGGUGUUUGAACAUGACAGUGCAGAACUAAAAUGCAAAAUGAAAUUUGGAAUCUACUUGCCUCCAAAAGCGGAAACUGGAAAGUGUCCUGUGCUGUAUUGGCUCUCGGGGUUAACUUGCACAGAACAGAAUUUUAUAACAAAAGCUGGUUUUCAACAAGCUGCAGCUGAACACGGUCUUAUUGUGGUUGCACCAGACACAAGCCCACGUGGCUGCAAUGUUGAAGGAGAAGAUGAAAGCUGGGAUUUUGGCACUGGUGCUGGUUUUUAUGUGGAUGCCACUGAAGAUCCUUGGAAAACAAACUAUAGGAUGUAUUCCUACAUAAAAGAUGAGCUGCCUAAACUAAUAAAUGCCAAUUUUCCAACUGACUCUGAACGGAUGUCUAUUUUUGGCCAUUCCAUGGGAGGUCAUGGAGCUCUUAUUCUUGCUCUGAAGAAUCCUGGAAAGUACAAAUCUGUAUCAGCAUUUGCUCCUAUCUGCAACCCAAUUCAGUGUCAGUGGGGGAAGAAAGCCUUUGGUGGAUAUCUGGGACCAGAUACAAGCAAAUGGGAGGCAUAUGAUGCUACACAGCUUGUGAAGGCCUACUCAGGCCCUCGCCUUGACAUCUUGAUUGAUCAGGGCAAAGAUGACCAGUUCCUAUCUGCGGGCCAGUUACUGCCUGAUAAGUUCAUCGCUGCCUGCACAGAGCAAAAAAUCCCAGUGGUCUUCAGACUACAGCAGGGUUAUGAUCACAGCUAUUUUUUCAUUGCUACAUUUAUUAAUGAUCACAUCAAACACCAUGCAAAAUACCUCAAUGCCUGAACCACUUGGAUGUGUGUUGCCUGUCCAACAUGAAUCAAGGGAUAGAGAUGAAUUAAACAAAAAUCAUUUGCUGAAGUAAUGUUUGUAAAAUGGAACUCUUCUGAUUGUACUGCUAAGAAAAAUAAAAGUCCCCCUUAAUUUG